AUGGAUACCUUUGUGUCCGAGCAGCACCCCUGGAGCUUACUGAAACUGCCGAGCAAUGCCCCAUUUCAACUGAAAACCGAUAAUGAGGUCGGGCACUACAAAGAGAAUUUUACCCUUCGGAUCCCAUACAUCAUGACGGAACGCCGUCGUCGUACUCUGGAACUGGCUAUGGCUCAGGAGACUUCUAUCCAGGCAUCGUAA